CUCACCUCUCGCCCUCCGCACCGACGCCCGCAUCCCUCUCAUGGCGGGGUCCAAUCAAGAUUACUUCCAGUCUUCCCAUCUCUAUGGACCACUCGCGUCAGAGACGAUCGCACCGGGCGCAUGGGAGCCCGUGCCGGUUGGUCUUGAGCAGCACGACAUCGACUACACGGAGAGAGCUGUUCCCCACGUCCCCAAGCCCGUCGCCUUCCGCCCCACGGACGAGGAGCUCUUCCUGCGCACACCCGAAGGCGUCUACCUCCCCAGCUGCGACUUCCUCAAGGACCACUUCUUCAACGAGGGCCGCCUCACGGAGGAGCAGGCGCUCUACAUCCUCGCGCAGGCGACGGACUUGCUCGCCAAGGAGCCCAACCUGGUGUACGUCGAGAGUCCAGUCACGAUCUGCGGCGAUAUCCAUGGCCAAUACUACGACCUCAUGAAGCUGUUUGACAUCGGCGGGUCGUUCAAGGAGUGCUCGUACCUCUUUCUCGGGGACUAUGUCGAUCGCGGGACUUUUGGCAUCGAGUGUCUGCUGUACCUGUAUGCGCUGAAGUUGCAGUACCCGGGGUAUAUCACGCUUCUCCGCGGGAACCACGAGUGCAGGCAUCUGACGGAGUACUUUACGUUCAAACGAGAAUGCCUGCACAAGUACUCGUCGGCCGUAUACGACGCGUGCAUCACCUCCUUCCAAGCGCUUCCCCUGGCUGCUCUCGUCGACAAACGCUUCUUCUGCGUGCACGGCGGUAUCUCGCCACACCUCCUCACCCUCCAGGACCUCCACACUUUAAAUCGAUUCGACGAGCCGGGCUCAAGCGGGCUACUGUGCGACCUGCUGUGGUCGGACCCGAUCGCGGACUUUGGAUAUGAGCACGAGCCAAGCGCGACGGGAAAGCCGACACAUUUCCAGCAUAACAAUGUGAGAGGGUGCUCGUACUUUUACACGUAUAGCGCGGCGUGCAAGUUCCUCGAGACGAACGGGCUGCUGGGCAUCAUACGGGGGCACGAGGCGCAGGAUGCGGGAUACACGAUGUAUCGCAAAACACCAACGAAAAAGUUCCCUUCUGUGAUCACCGUGUUCAGCGCGCCCAACUAUCUGGACGUGUAUCACAACCGGGGCGCGAUCAUCAAGUACGCGAACAAGAAUAUUACCAUCAGACAGUACAACUCGUCCGCGCACCCGUAUUGGCUGCCCAACUUUAUGGACGCGUUCACGUGGAGUCUACCGUUCGUUGGGGCCAAAAUCACGGAGAUGCUGCUCGCGAUUCUGAGCUCAUGUUCGCGGGAGGAGCUGGAGGACACAUCCGAAUCGGGGACGAUCGGGGAGGACAGCGACGAGGAGGGUGAGGCGGUUAUCAGCCAUGAAGAGGCGAUGAGGCGCCGCAAGGAGGAGAUCAAGAAGAAGAUAUUGGCUGUGGGGAAGAUGCAGAGGGUGUUUCAGCUGCUGCGAGAGGAGGCAGAGAACGUGUCGGAGCUGCAGGCGGAGGAAGAAGGGCUCGACGCGCUUCAGGGACCGCGGAUGCUCGGUGUGCAGGGGAACCAGAUGGGGGGCAGCAUACGGAAUUUCCAGGACGCACGGCGCGUGGACAUGCUCAACGAGCGCCUGCCCACAUACGAGCCCCCACUGGACAACGCAGACGGUGCGGACGGCGACUUCCCCGUCAUCCCCGCGCCGAGCAUGCGGCGGCGCCCGAGCGCCUCUGGUGUCCCCGGUGUCGGCGGGUCCGGGUCUGAUGCCGGGGCGGCGUCUGCACCGUCGAUGGAGGAGCUUAUCCGGCGCACGCUCAGCGAGGAGGGCGCGGGUGCGGAUGGGGGGUAUGUGGAGCGGAUUGCGGAGAGGAUUGCGAGGGGGAGGCAGGCGACAGGAAGGCCGAUGCCGCUGAAGCGGUUUGAGACGACGUAAAUGCAAUGCCGGGGGUGGGGGGCGUGCUUUGCGGGGUUUGGGGUGCGAACAGGAUGAAGGUGCCCGGCAUUGGUCGCUGUUGAGGUGUGUUAUACCUUAUAAGCUGUGAUUCGAGGCAUUAGGGAUACAUGGGUGGAAUUGUGGAUGAAUCCGAGGUCGAGCUGCUAUCUUUAGUACUGAUAGCAUAUACUGUCUAUUCCAUGUUGCUUUUCGCUGCUUUGAUCUAUAGCAUUUUUGUGCGUUAUACCACGCUCUUACUGUAAAGAAUCGUGGAAGAUACGAUUAGUACAAAGUCCUAGUCAGUAUCAUUUGUUUGAUGACUAGUACAAUAUUGCAAGUCG